GGAAUGGACAGACCACAAGUUACGCUGGAAUCCGGAUGAAUACGGUGGGAUUCAUUCCAUUAAAGUUCCGUCAGAAUCUCUCUGGCUUCCUGACAUAGUUCUCUUUGAAAACGCCGACGGCCGGUUCGAAGGCUCGCUCAUGACCAAGGCUGUGGUCAAAUCGGACGGGACCGUGGUGUGGACGCCUCCCGCCAGCUACAAGAGCUCCUGCACCAUGGACGUCACAUUCUUCCCGUUCGACCGGCAGAACUGCUCCAUGAAGUUCGGAUCCUGGACUUACGACGGGACCAUGGUGGACCUCGUCCUCACAGACGAGAACGUGGACCGGAAGGACUUCUUCGACAACGGAGAGUGGGAGAUCCUGAACGCCAAGGGCACGGCCGGGGGCCGGAGGCACGGCGCCUACUGGUACCCGUUCAUCAGCUACUCCUUCGUGCUGCGCCGCCUGCCCCUGUUCUACACGCUCUUCCUCAUCGUCCCGUGUCUGGGGCUGUCCUUCCUGACCGUGCUGGUCUUCUACUUGCCUUCCGACGAGGGCGAGAAGCUCUCCUUAUCCACCUCUGUCCUGGUUUCCCUCACGGUCUUCCUCCUGGUGAUUGAGGAGAUCAUCCCGUCUUCCUCCAAGGUCAUCCCGCUCAUCGGGGAGUACCUCCUGUUCAUCAUGGUCUUCGUCACCCUGUCCAUCAUCGUCACCGUGUUUGUCAUCAACGUCCACCACAGAUCUUCCUCAACCUACCACCCCAUGGCCCCCUGGGUUAAGCGGCUCUUUCUGCAAACCCUUCCUAAGUUACUCUGCAUGAAGGACCAUGUGGAUCGCUACUCUCUCCCGGGUAAAGAGGAGAGGAAACCGGCCCUGAGAGGUCAAGUCCUCGAAAGAAGGAAACAAAAGCAGAUGAGUGAUGGAGAAAAAGUUCUGGUUGCUUUCCUGGAAAAGGCUGCAGAUUCCAUCAGAUACAUUUCCAGCCACGUGAAGAAGGAGCAUUUCAUCAGCCAGGUGGUGCAAGACUGGAAGUUCGCGGCUCAAGUUCUCGACCGGAUCUUCCUGUGGCUCUUUCUGAUCGCAUCUGUCACCGGCUCAGUUCUGAUUUUCACCCCUGCUUUGAAGAUGUGGCUACACAGUUACCAUUAGGAGCAGGAAUCCAGAGCGAUCUAACACACGCCCCUAAAGACAGAAUCACACCUUAGAGCUGACAUCCAGCCCCCAUGUGUAUACAGCAUGCAAACCCACGUGCUCAUCAGGAGGCCCCGAGGGUGGACAGUGUCUUGUGUCGUCCUCAGCGAGGCUGAACCUCGGUUGCCAUGACAGCGAGUUGGGUGUCAAUUAAGCAGACCCUCCUCAGACCCCGGCUUUGGCUUCCGCAGACAUUCAAGGAGAAAUUGUGAGUCUGGGCCUGAGAUGACGGGCCUGUGACACACAGGACGGUCGCUGUGUUUCACCAAGAACCCCAGGAAAGGGAAGACUCCAGCACUGGCUGGUGUCCUUGCUGGUUUUGCCCAGCUGCCAGCUGGCACUGGCAUUGUGGCCAUUGCUUCUGUAGCCAUGCGCCUGCCCUGCGGGUGAGCUGUUUGGGGCAUCACAUGGGUACCAGGGCAACCCCGGGCACGGCACACCUGUCAUUACUAAGACCCCAGGAAGACUGGUGACUCAAGUCCCCCAAACCUGGCGUUCGUUCUGCAUGGUCUGGCUCGAAUGUGAGCCACCUCUAAGCCAGGUUCCUCGUGGCUCCUUCAUAGGCUCACAACGGUGUUCAGGUGGUCACGCCAGAGGCUGCUGUGGAGUGGGACUUGCUGUAAGGCCAUAGCAAAAUAACUUGCAGUAGAAACAGUGUCAUCGGCUGCCAGGAGGGCAGUUAUUAUACCCAUCCUCUUUUCCUAGAAAACUGAAAUUCUGAACGUGCUCUGAUAAUGGUUUUUUUAUGUCCCCUCAUCUAAUCUAACCCAUAUCAGCAGCAUCCUCUGGGCUGCUCACCCAGUUUUUUCCCUCUCCCUCCCCUCUCUGCUUGCUACUUCUUCCUCUGAGAACACUUCAGUUCUACUCUCUUAGCAAAUUUCAGUUAUACAAAGCAGUGUUAUCAACAGUGGUCACCAUGUUUUAUAUUAGAUCCUCUGACCUUAUUCAUCUUGUAACCCAAAGUGUGUAGCCUUUUACCAACCUUUCCCCAUUUCCCCGCCCCCCAGCCCCUGGCAACCACUUCCCUCUCUCUGUUUCCAAGAGUUCAAGUUUUUUUUUUUUCCUAGAUUCCACAUAUGAAUGAGAUCAUGCAGUAUUGUCUUUCCCUGUCUGCCUUAUUUCAAAGCAGCAUGUCCUCUGGGUUCAUCUAUAUUGUUGCAAAUGACAGGAUUUCCUUCUUUUUAUUAAUUGCAUUCCAUUACAUAUAUAUCACAUUGGCUUUAUCCAUUAAUCUGUGGACAGACAGACAAGUAAGCUGUUCCUUGUCUUGGGUGUUGUCAAUAAUGCUGCAAUGAACAUGAGGGUACAGAUAUCA